CCCCUUACAAUUCCACUUGGUCAACCAUGGCCAUGGCCCCCCUAUAUAUCCUUUUCGAUUAUACAAAGAAACUAUAAGGCGGCUUCUCUUUGUACCUCCAUUCCUCCCCCUCUAUCUCUCCCAACUCCCAAGUGGCUGCCUAUUUUUAGUCCUCCAUAAUACAAACUCCAAGGUAACGAAGGAUCAAGAGGAAGAAGAAGUACAGAAACAAAGGCCCUUCCCAUCGCCGCUUACGGAAAGGUUAGAGAGGCUUGAUUCAGUGGAGCCUCUCGAGGAAUUCAUCAUUGCAAGGAGAAAAUAGUUUAGAGAGAGAAACGCGAAGAGCUGAAUCGCCUAGAGUCUAGGCGGUGCCGGAGAUGAAAUCUCCAUUGCGGAGGCUGCGGGGCUUCGGCCACCACCACCCCAAGGAGAGGAGGGGUCACCACCCGCCGCCGGCCAAGCUCGACGAGCUCGUCUGCGCCUCCCAGGAGGUGGAAGACAUGAGAAACUGCUAUGAUGGCUUGAUUUCAGCUGCAGCCGCUACAACAAAUAGUGUAUAUGAGUUUUCUGAGGCUCUGGAGGAAAUGGGAAGUUGCUUUCUUGCAAAAACUGUGCUAAAUGGUGAUGAUGAUGAUAGUGGCAGAGUGCUGAUGAUGCUGGGAAAGGCCCAAUUUGAAUUACAAAAAUUUGUUGAUGCUUAUCGUUCAAAUAUUAUUCAUACAAUCACAACCCCCUCGGAGUCUCUUCUCAAGGAGCUACAAACAGUAGAGGAAAUGAAGCACCAAUGCGACAUGAAAAGAGAGGCAUAUGAAGCUAUGAGGGCAUCCUAUAUAGAAAAAGGAAGGUCAAGGAAUUCCAAAAUCGAAUCAUUCUCUGCGGAACAACUGCAAAGUUCUUUCACUGAGUACCAAGAGGAUGCAGCACUGUUCAUAUUCCGCUUAAAAUCGUUGAGGCAAGGGCAAUUCCAUAGUCUUUUAACACAGGCUGCUCGCCAUCAUGCUGCUCAGUUAAGCUUUUUCAGGAGAGGGCUGAAGUGUCUUGAGGCACUCGAACCUCAUGUAAAAGCAAUAGCUGAGAAACAACACAUUGACUACCAGUUCAGUAGUCUUGAGGGUGACGAAUCUGACGACAAUGAUUACAGCUCCGAUCAGGAUGAUUGCAGUGACGAUGGAGAGCUUAGUUUCAACUAUGAAAUAAAUGAUAGGGAUCAAGAUUUUCUUGCUUCAAGAGGUUCAAUGGAUUUGGAUCGAAGAGAUGUGAUGACUUCCCCACAGACACUAAAAGAAAGCAAGCAGGAAGAGGUCAAACAAACAAAAGGAGAUGUUGUAGCUCCACAAGUGAAGCCUGAGUUUGCUAUGCAUUCAGCACCAAUUUUUGUGGGCAAUUUACCAGAUCCAUCUGAGAGGUUUUGGCAAAUGAAGCCAUCUUCAGCCAAACAUUCGUACAAACUCCCAACGCCAGUUGAUGACAAGAACCCCAGAUCACAUCAUUCACAGCAAUUUGAAAGUAAACCUCGUGUUGCAGCGAACCUGUGGCAUUCAUCUCCGUUGAUGAAAGAUUUUAAGCCGAGUGGCCAUGUUAAAAUGCCCUCAAGUACUGAGGGGAUAUCGACAUUAUCCCAGUCAAUUUCGGAUUACAGGAAAAUGAAGAGGGAAUCUUGGUCUGGUCCAAUUCCAAGCAAACCAGGGUUAAGCAAGCCAUCUUCUCUGAAUGAUCACAGGUCACCCAUAGCUCAGCCUUAUGUGAUGCCAGCAAAAUUGCACGGUCAUUCUCGGCAGCAAUCAUCUGUGUCCCCAAAAGUUUCCCCUAAGAUCCUGCCACAUCCAACUGUAUCACCAAAAAUUAGUGAGCUUCAUGAGCUGCCUAGGCCUCCAGCCAAUGUGGAGCCCCUCAAACCUUCUGGCUUGGUUGGUUACUCUGGUCCCCUUGUGUCAAAGCGUCAAAUUCAAACUCCUACACUACUAGCCCGUGUCUCGCCAACGACAUUGCAAACAGCCUCACCACUUCCACGACCGCCUGCUACUCUGACUCGCAGUUAUUCCAUACCCUCAAAUAGCCAGAGGAUACCCAUCAUCACUGUGAAUAGAUUGUUGGAGGCUAGACAAAGCAGAGAGGGCAGUGAUAUUUCUUCCCCACCACUAACUCCUUUGUCACUGGCUGAUUUGUGUCACCAUCCAGCAGCAAAAACAGCUACAAGUAGCACAAGGAUAAAGGAAACCUUGUGACACAUACCAGCCAAAUGACGACUAAUCAUAGACGAUUUUAUAUGCAAGUAGUGAUGUAUUGUAGGUUCAUAUUCAUAAUAUUCUUUCAUUCUACCGUCUGUGUUGUGAAGAGAAAGGACGGAAAAGUAAUCUACUUUGAUUAUAUAAUGCAAGAACAUCAAACCCCUGGCUCAGUUUCAUAGUUCUUAGAUCAGGGCUGCAUUCUCAGUUUCUUUUAUUUUAUUGUUUUGGAAUUGUAUUUGUUAUUUGUUGAUAUUACUGGAAUAAGGUCCCCGUGGAUGUCUGUCGAUAGAUGUAUGGGUGAAGUGAAAUGAAAUUUCUGUACAAAAUA